AUGGGAAACCAGACAGAGGUGCAUGAGUUUGUUCUCACUGGACUAACAAAAGACCACCAAAAGCAACACAUCCUCUUUAUAUUUUUUCUGCUGAUCUACAUAGCCAGCUUACUGGGGAAUGGAGCCAUUUUGGCUGUAGCAGUAGCAGAACCACGCCUCCACACCCCUAUGUACUUUUUUUUAGGCAAUCUCUCCUGGUUGGACAUAUGUAGUUGUACUGUUACUGUGCCCAAAAUGCUGAGUGGAUUCCUAAUGGAGCCCCAGGCAAUUUCUUUUAUUGGAUGCCUAACUCAACUGCACUUUUUCCACUUCCUGGGAAGCAGUGAAGGCAUCCUUCUGGGUGUUAUGGCAUUUGAUCGCUGUGUGGCUAUCUGCAAUCCUCUGCGUUACAUGGUCAUCAUGAAUAAAUGGGCUUGCCUUCUGCUAGCUGGGGCCACCUGGGCUGCUGGUUUCUUUCAUGCCCUUAUGCACACAGUUCUGACUUCCCGUCUAUGGUUCUGUGGCUCCAAUCAUGUCCAGCAUUUCUUUUGUGACAUCAAGCCCCUCCUAAAAUUGGCCUGCAGUAGUACCACUGUCAACCUCAGUCUUCUUAAUAUUGUUACUGGUUCAAUUGCUAUGGGUGCUUUCUUCCUCACCCUUCUCUCCUACUUUUACAUCAUAUCCUUCCUCUUCUUCAAAGUCCAAUCUUGGCAAAACCGUUGGAAAGCCUUCUCGACUUGUGCUUCCCAUCUAACUGUUGUGGCUCUCUUGUAUGUUCCAGUUCUGUCUAACUACAUGCUUGCAUCUGGGGAAUCAGCUGAAAGAGAGAUGAUCGUCACUAUAUUGUAUAGCGCAAUAACUCCAGUUCUGAAUCCUAUAAUUUAUACUCUUAGGAAUCAAGAGGUAAAAUCUGCUCUGAAAAAAAUGUUGACCAGAAAAGAGAUGUCUGGAAGGAUAUAA